GUCGCCCAAGCAAACGCCAUGGACGUCGCCGGCGGCAGCUCGCCUUACAAGGACUUGGAUGAUAUCUUUGGAGAAGACGACCAAGACGGACUUGCACCAGUGGUAGAUGCAAUGUCAAACAAGGAGGAUCUGUCGUCAGAUUCAGUUCAUUCCCAACCGAGUGUGGGUGAAGUCGAACCGGAAGAUAAGCCCACGUCGCCGGACGUUGCACUGUGGGCUGCAGAGUCCAAACCUUCGACUCCUCCGUUGGUCAUUGGCGAAGAAACGAUGAGUGUUGUGGACGAUGAUUCCUUGACGACGCCCAACACAUCACUUCCACCAAAGGAGUUCCAAGCGUCGGAAUCGCUAGAGUUUCUCGACUACCCACCCGAGGCGAAUCCCACGGCGAUGGCACAUUCCCAGUCCACUUCGUUGAGCUUUCUCGACAUGGACACGGAUUUCGCAAAUCCACCAUCUCACACCCCAUCCGACUCUAUGAACUUCCUCGAUCUGACAGACCGCCGUGGUGACUACACGACUGGAUAUGUUGAGGCUCCGUUGUCACCGUUUUCACAGUUUCUCUCCACUGCGCAAACAGCAUCAAGCGGCAUGCUGACGCAACCACCUCUCUCGGCGGUUGAACAUGGUUGGAACGACAAUCUCGAUGUUGCUGCCUCGACGCCCUCGCCAGGUGGCAAUUCCCAUGCUGCAUCCAUCCUCGACGAAGCCCACGUCGAUGUUCGACCCGUUGCUGAUGAAGAGCUGAGAUGUACACCGCCUGCAUCAGAAGAGGCUGAGUCAAUCUCUAUCGAAGCUAGCCAUGGUGAUGUUUUUUUGAGUGAAAAUGCGGGCAUUCUCAAAGCGGCCGAACAUCCCUCAGCAGCAGAUCGAUGUGCCGAGGCAGCCCCAGCCGAUGAAGUGACGAGUGCAUGUAGCAUUCGUGACGUUCACGACAAAGUCGGCGCAACGCAUGCUUCGUACCGUCCCGACUUAGCGGACACGGAAAAAUAUGCGGAAAAUGUGGCAAAUGAUGGGUCAGCUGUUCUUGAUGGCUCGCAAAACGAGUUGUCUGUGGAUGUGUCGUGCAACGACUCGUUAGAUCCGUCGGCGCCAACAUCAGAUGUGUCAAACAAACAUGCUGAAAUUAACGACAAAGAUGCUGACUACAGCGCAUCUCAAGCCACCGAAGUGGUCCCGCUUGAAGAACGCGCGCAGAUGAAGGUAUCCCAUCACGACGCCAGCUUCGAGUGCGGCGUCGAUCUCACUACGACGCAUCAUUUCUCUGUCGAAGACGACUUGCAUGAAUGUGAAGAGCAUGCUCAAGACGAUGCACCCCAACCAGUCGCCACUUACAACGACGGUGUUGUUCCCAUGUUGUUAGUUGAGGACGACAUGCACAUGGCCCCAACCACGACAACUCAACACCAUUGGGCAUUACACGACCCUGCAGUUGAGAGCUCUGUCUCGGUGGAUAAUGAGUCAACAGAGGCAUCAGGGCACGAGGAGAGCUUGCUGGAUUCGAACUUCGAUGACAGCCAUGGCGAGACAGGAGUGCUUGCGUUGCCAGUCUCAACGAUCACUCGAGCGUCGCAAGACCUGGCCGCUUUCGAUUUUCCUUCACUGGAUGCCUCGACAAACCACAAUGCAAUGCAAGAAGAAUCCAUUUCCACCGACGACGGCAAAAUCGAUGGUGAGCGCAUCUUUCCAGCCAACGAAGGCAUCGAAAUAACUUCACCUGAUAUCCCAAGCGAAAUUUGCCCCGUUGAUACCCCUGCGGUGGUUGCCAUUGGUGGCACAGUGAGCGAUGUAUUCGGUGUUUCUUCAGCGUGCGAGGAGACUAUUCCACGCGAGAACCUCCAAGACUGCUCCAGUGAAUGCGAAAUCGCAUGCGCCUCGAAUGCAUUAUCGUUUGAACAGGACUCUCCCCAUUCUCUCGUUCAACUGUCCCAAGAAUCCUAUAGCGCUAAUGCCGUUGAUGCCGACAUCGAGGAUACGUCAGAUUUGUCCUUGGAUUGUGCUGCUCCCUCCGAAAUCGCGACUACUCCGGAUGAUUUUGUUGUGCUGGCUCCCCAUGACGUGGCCAUUGCUACCAACGUUAUGCAGUCUGGUGGUGGCGAUGUUCAAAGUGUCGCCGAUGACGCACCUGCAGCCCCUUCGUCAGCUGUCGAAGUACCAAGUGAUGCCUUUACCUCAAGUCCACCUGUACCCAAGAGCCUCGUUUUUCCCGUUUCCGCAUUCCCGGAUUCGACCACUGAUGCAUCUGCUGAAGAAUCGUCGAAUUCGCGGUUCAUCUCUCGUCCAACGGACACCUUGUCCACUGCACACAUGACAAAGUUCCAGACAGCUCCCCCCCCUUCGAGCACAUACAACCCAUUCGAAGUGUUGGCGCAAGAAGAGUUAAAAUCCGCCACAGCAUUUCCAUGGCUCAACUUUCAAUCGGCGCCCGUCCAAAACGACAACCCUCCCAUUGACACUAACAACCCAUGGGCCUCAGCAACCCCAGACACAGACGACUUGGACGGCUUUGUGAGCGUCCCCACGUCGACCAGAGCAGCAAUCAUAAACGUCGUCGCAACGCAGGCGACAACAUCGUGGCUCGACGUUGCCACGUCUCAAGUAGCUACAUCGACGAGUAAGUUCAGGGAUGCGGAUGGCGAGCGAGAGAGCUUUGGGGCGUUUGAGGGCGAAUCGCCCGCGUUUAGCGAUAUUUCAUCGUCUCCUCAAGCCCCUUGCGAGUCGUUUGGAGAUUUCUCAGCUGCGACCACUACACCCGCUGAAUUUGGCGACUUUGGGGACUUUUCUUCGGCCGCUAUCUCCGCCGUGGAAUCGAACGACGGCUUCUCCGACUUUGGUGCUCCCUUGUCAACCACAUUUGGAGGCGACGAUGACUUUGGAGAGUUUGAAUCGUCGCCCCCUGCCGACGCCAUGACUUCGUUUGGUGACUUUACAUCGGUGCAAGCGCCUUCGUCCAGCAUGUCCACUGUUCCCUUCGAUGACGAAAAAGUCGCCACGUUGUUCGCCAAAGCAUUUCCUGUGCCCGCACGAACCGCACCUUCCAUUCCGUCCAGCUCGAUCACUACCCAACAAAUCUUGGGCUCUGUGGAUUUUGAGAACACGCAAAAGCCUAUUGUGUGCACUUCGCUGUUGGACGUGCUGGUCAAGGACAUUCACGCAAACCAUGUCCAGUGGGACGCGAGAACCUCCAGCGUCCGGGAAGAAUCCGCCCAUGUGUUGGAGCAAUGCAAAGCAGCGCUCGCCCAAAAAGUCAACGAGGCCGUGCUCCACCACGCGCUCUUCACCGAAAAGUCGCCAGAGUUUGCCGAAUACCAGAGCCUCGUUCACACGGCUGAUAAAGCGGCGAUGCUCGCAGGGUUACGGAAGCUCCAGCUCGACAUUUUUGACGACAUGUCGAACAAAGCGACGUUGUCGAUGGCCGAACAGGCGGCGCUGUCAGCCCAAGCCACGAUUGCCAGCCACGCGCAGCACCACAAAGAAAAGGUGCCAGGUCUCAAAUUCCAGUUUGCUUGGUCAUCGUCGAAAGACAAGUCGGACCACGAUGACCGCGCAGCUUCCACUCGAGUUCUCACGCCGACAGGGGCGUCGAUUUCCAAGUUGCACCGCAACUCGUUCAGCAACUUGCAUGCGUCGAUGGGAACGGCAGGAGGCACGGUCAGCGAGGGUGAACACACGAGCGGCUCGGAUGGCGACGGAGAGUCGUGGGAAACCGCGAGUGCCACGAGCGAUGGUGCCGGGACGGAAGAUCAUCACCACCAUCCCCCCAGUCGCACGGGGUCGGGGUCCCUGGCAGGGUCGAUAUCUGGCACAGGACUGAUGAAAAAACUGUCGUCCAAGCUGGGCUUUUCGAGCUUGCGGUCGUCACUGUCGCUGACGUCAACCAAAACCAAAGUAACUCAACCGCCCGCUCUUGGACGAGAUGUCAAUUCUUUCGAUAGAUGGUGAGUUUGUCGUU